AUGGAGGAACUUGAAGCCCACGGAAGUGGGAGGGACGAGGCCGAAGCCAGCCAAUUUCUGCUCACUGAAAUCGAUAUGUCGACCCGUGGCAGAGAACAACACGAGGAAGAGGAGCAGGAGGGAGGGAAAGAACGGUCAUCGUCCUCACCAGAGCCGUCCAAAGUUGCGACCUACCUCCAGCGAGAAACAGUCAGCUUCUUGAUGAUUGCGAUCUAUGCUAUCGCUGCCAUUUUCUCCUGGACUGUCCUCUCCAUCCUCUCUAAACACGCUAUAAACGGUCAACCCUACUCGGUGGAUAUCUUCGCAAAAAAGUAUACUGACCCGGCCGCCUACCACCGCAGUGAACACUAUUAUCGAGCAGCCCAAGUGAUUAACUCUGGUGUAUUGUUACUGACAAUUCCAGUUGCCACGGCUAUCUGUGCGCGGGCAGCGGUCAUGUACACGCAGCACCGCCGCAGUGGACUGACUGUCAGGCAGGUCGGGGUGUUGGCGGAUCAGGGAUGGACAAGUAUCGGGUUGCUGGUGGCCCUCCUGCGCCCGCGGAACUGGAAGAGGUACACCACAUUGCUGCUCUGGCUCGCGAUAUUGCUCCAUGUGUUAGGCUUCCUGAUCGGUCCCGCGCAACAACUAUUCCUCUCUGCAUCUACGAUCAAGACUCCAAUGGAUAUAUUGACGCGAGAAAUCUCCGAUAUUUCAGCCUUGUCAACUCGUGAUCUCUCCGUAUCAGACUAUUUAGGGCAGUUAUCGGCGCAACUGCGCUCGGUGCUCGGCUCAACCACGAUAAUGGACAUGCCGGCCACGCUUUGGUUCAAUAACUACAAGCCGUGCACCUCUUACUACUGGAAUCUGACAUCGUGUAAUACCUAUGAGAAUGGAGCACCAUCGUGGGCGGAUGUUAACGAUAUGUCCAUGUUGCCAUUCAUUGCCCAGCUUCCCUCCAACUACAAUACAGGCCUGAUCCGGCAAUUUGCUCCGCGCCUCAACUCUACCUUGACCUACACCCAGGUGGAUGAGAGUGAAUUCCCAGAAAAUUGCGAUCAAAUCACCGGAGCUUUCUACGCGUCAUACAAUGCCACGGUGCAGAAAGAUUACGAUUUUUACACGACCGAGGUCUGCAUGCCGGCUGAUCUGCGCAAGACUCCAUGGAACAGCACUCGCUUAAGACAAGAUAUUUCCGAAACCUUGUAUCUAAAUAUCUCGCAGACAAGUUCUUCUACCUAUUCCAGUUCUGGGGUGUACCGAGUGCAGGCCAACACCACCGCAGGCUAUUUCGAGCUGCCAAAUUAUCUCAAUAACAACACCGCAGGACCAUUAUUGGACAAUGGCCCCGAAGAGGCGUGUGAUCGCCAUUGCGUGACACAAGGCUAUUAUGAUGGAGCUAUUAGCAAUAGCAAAUUCGCAUCGCUCUACCGCCGCGAGGACACCACUGCACACACAAACGAGUCGUCGGAUUUCAAUGAGGUUGAAAAUCUUUUGAACAAACCGCCUCUCAUGGCGGUCGCCCUCGCCUUAUUCGGUGGUGGAUCCUUCAUAUCUGAUCGCACGCGCACUGCCAAUCUUGGCGUGUACAGCAACAGAACCGACAAGAAUGAGGAAUUGCUCGAAGCCUUCUGCCAGAGCCCGUUGCCUUUAGCCGGUCUAUUCGAGGACGAAGCAGACGGGUUGUCCGACCUGACAUUUGUUCCGUGCAUCGGAAACGUCGAGAUAGAAACUCUCAUUCCAGAAUGGCUCUCAAUGUUCACUGGAACCGUGACAUCGAUAUCAUACUCCGCAUCAGGAAUAGUCGACAACACUACAGUGAGCUUUUCGGAGAUCCAGAGAGCAAUGUUAGUAGCCGUAUUUUUGGCAAACGAUCUCUGGCUCUCCCAGGUUCUUCCAAGGGGUGCCGAAGAAUUGAUACUGGUGAAUCAAGACAUGGGCAGUGAUUUGAGGGUUCCCGUGUUGAGCAAUGCCGGAAUAAUUGCCAUUUCUACCUUGCUAGCGGUAUUUAUUCUGUCUUUGUUUGCAAUGUGGGCAUAUGCGACUUAUAUGCCGGUGUGGACAUCUACACUUAAUUCUUUUGCCAUGAUGAGAAUCGGGGCUGAGAUGGGCACGGAUGUACCGUUUCUGUUGGGGUAUCAUGAAGACGAUAUUGAGGUUCUCGACUCCACCCCUGGCUGGGUCGGUGAUAUAUACCCGGAGGCAGAAACAGGGCAGCUGGGGUUGGGCGCGGCAGCCCAAUUGACAAAAGGGCGAAAGUACGCAUCAUACCCGGGUCAGUGA